AUGGCUCCGUUGAUCCAUUGUGUUCGCCAUGCUCAAGGCUUUCAUAAUCUGGGGCACGAGAAUUGGCAGAUGAUCGAUCCCCUCCUUACACCGGCAGGUGAAAAGCAAUGUGAAAAGUUACGGGAAGAUUUCCCCUUUCACUCCAGCGUCGAGCUGAUAGUUGCGUCUCCGAUCCGUCGGACAAUUUACACGGCCUUACACGCCUUUGCCCCUGUCUUCAAGAAAAAUCCUGGAUUAAAGCUCAUCGCGCUCCCAGAUCUCCAGGAGGUCAGCGACCUUCCCUGUGACAGUGGGAGUGAUCUUGAGAGCCUGGAGAAAGAGGUUCUGGACAAUAACCUUCCGGUAGAUCUGAGACUUGUUUCCAAUAGAUGGCAUGUUAAGAGUGGGCGCUAUGCACCGGAUGGUGAAGCGAUUCGGACACGUGCGCGUGAUGCGCGACGCUGGCUAAAAGCAAGACCAGAAAAGGCUGUCGUGGUUGUCGCACAUGGUGGGCUUCUGCACUUCUUAACGGAGGACUGGGAGGAUAGUAGUAUGUAUACAGGAACCGGCUGGGCAAACAUGGAAUACCGUACCUACAGAUAUACGGAGGAAGAAGGUGAUGACGGCACAUUGAUGGAAAUGGAUACCUCCCGUCAAAGGCGUGGAAAGUUUGGAUCGAGACCUACUCCCGGACAGCAAAAAGAUUUCUAUCGUUUUUGCAGGGAGCAGUGGGACCGGGACGGCGUGCAGCUCAGCGCGGGUGAGAGAGAGAAAGCGGCUGCUGCUGAUAGAAAUGAAUAG